AUGGUGCAAGACGAUGAUGAUAAUUUACAGCUCUUGAAUAAUCGUGGCCCUAUCGCAGGUCGAACCCCAACUCAACAUCAGCCAACACCAGCAGACGAAAAUGGCAGUAUACCUUUACACCGAGCCACAUCCCAUCCACAACCCAUACCAGCCAAAAAAGGAAAGAGUUUUAAGGACACAGUCAACAGUUUAUUGGGCAGAUCAAACGGACCUUCUGGGGCUGCAACAGAAGGUGGAGAACGUAUUAUUCAUGUCAACAAUACCGAGCUGAAUGACCAACAAAAGUUUCUUCAUAACCGUGUCUUUACAGCAAAAUACACAGCGCUUACUUUUUUACCCAAAUUUCUUUAUGAAGAGUUUUCAAAAUAUGCUAAUCUUUUCUUUUUGUUUAUUUCUGGUAUUCAGCAAAUUCCAGGUAUUUCACCUACUUCUAAAUACACAACGUUGGCUCCUCUUGUCAUUGUCUUGUUUAUUACUGCUAUUAAAGAGAUCAUUGAAGAUUGGGGUGUACAUCGAUCUGAUGCAGAACUGAAUGCCAGAAAAUGUAAAGUGUUGGAAGGAGCACAGUUUGUAGAGAAAGCCUGGCGUGAUAUCAAGGUCGGAGAUGUCCUACGUAUCGAAAGUGGUGAGAAUUUCCCCGCAGAUUUGAUUUUGAUCAGUAGUUCCGAACCAGAAGGUCUUUGUUACAUUGAAACCAGUAACCUGGAUGGUGAAGUCAACCUAAAGAUCAAACAGGCACUUCCUCAGACUGCCACUAUUCUGAACCCAGUAGACAUGAGUCGAUUACAAGGCAUUGUUCGAAGUGAACAGCCCAACAAUCGUUUAUACAAUUAUGAUGGUGUCUUUUCAACCAGCUCAUUAAGUGAUGUUGGUAAAUCAAGAGAUUUUGCUUUGGAUCCUACUCAACUCUUGUUACGUGGUGCUCAACUUCGAAACACUUUAUGGAUAUACGGUAUUGUUAUCUUUACAGGUCAUGAAACAAAACUGAUGCUAAAUUCAAGUAAAAAGCCUUCUAAAGUAUCUAAUGUCACACGUAUCACAAACCGCAAUAUCCUGUAUUUGUUUGCCAUUUUGGUUGUUAUGAGUGUCUGUUGUGCUAUUGGUGGUUUAGUUUUCUCGCUCUACAAACAAAGUUAUGUAAAUGGCUACUUGCAACUUGCUUCUGAUUAUACACUUGCUCAAUCUUUUGGCUAUGAUAUCCUUACCUUUUUGAUUUUAUUCAACAGUUUCAUCCCUAUCAGUUUAAUGGUAACCAUGGAAAUCGUCAAAUUUGUACAAUCAUUCUUGAUUGAGUCUGAUCUCGAUAUGUAUUAUGACAAGACAGACACACCUGCUGUUGCCCGUAGUAGCAGUCUGAUUGAAGAAUUGGGCCAAGUCAAAUUUGUGUUCUCAGACAAGACAGGUACUUUAACUUGCAAUGAAAUGCAAUUCCGUGAAUGUUCUAUUGCCGGUAUCUCUUAUGCUGAAAAAGUUGAGUCAGACAAACAAGCCAGAGAUGGUGUGGAUGAUCCUACUUUGCAAUACAAUUUUACUCAGCUGAAGGAACAUCUCAAGUCGCAUCCCACAGCUAAUGUAAUCAAUGAAUUCUUGGCCUUGUUAGCAACUUGUCACACUGUUAUUCCCGAAACACAAGAAGGAUCAGACAAGAUCACUUAUCAAGCCUCUUCUCCUGAUGAAGGUGCUUUAGUCAAAGGCGCCAGUGAUCUGGACUAUAAAUUUCAUACUCGUAAACCUAAUUCUAUUAUUUGCUCUCAACUUGGAAAAGAUUAUGAAUAUCAAGUACUUAAUGUAUGUGAAUUCAACUCGACUCGUAAGAGAAUGUCUGCCAUUAUCCGUGGCCCUGAUGGUAAAGUGAAGUUGUACUGUAAAGGUGCCGAUACUGUCAUUCUGGAAAGACUCUCUGACAACAAUCCUUUUGUUGAAAAUACCUUGCUGCAUCUCGAAGACUUUGCUUCUGAAGGUCUCCGUACACUUUGUAUUGCUAUGCGUGAAAUUCCCGAAGACGAAUAUGCCCGUUGGUCUCAAAUCUACGACAAGGCUGCUACCACACUUGUUAAUCGUGCAGACGAACUUGACAAGGCUGCUGAAAUGAUCGAACAAAACUUGUUCUUGUUGGGUGCAACUGCCAUUGAAGAUAAACUACAAGACGGUGUGCCUGAUACUAUCCAUACUCUACAAGAAGCAGGUAUCAAUGUGUGGGUAUUGACAGGUGAUAGACAAGAAACAGCUAUCAAUAUUGGCUAUUCUUGCAAACUCUUGAAUGAAGAAAUGAGUCUGAUUAUCUGUAAUGUUGAGAACCAUUGGGAAACCAAGAGCUUUUUAGAGUCAAAACUCAAAGACAUUACGAGUGCUAUGGAGCGUGGUGAAGAAUUAGAGCCCUUAGCCUUUAUUAUUGACGGAAAAGCCUUGACAUUUGCACUUGAAAAAGACAUCGAAAAGCUCUUGUUUGACCUCACUGUGCUGUGCAAAGCAGUCAUCUGCUGUCGUGUGUCUCCUCUUCAGAAGGCCUUGGUUGUCAAAUUAGUCAAGAAAUAUGACAAGUCCAUCUUGUUGGCUAUUGGCGAUGGUGCCAAUGAUGUCUCUAUGAUCCAAGCAGCUCAUGUGGGUGUUGGUAUCAGUGGCGUUGAAGGUCUUCAAGCUGCUCGUAGUGCCGAUUUUGCUAUUUCUCAAUUUAGAUAUUUGAAAAAGUUGCUGUUGGUGCAUGGUGCUUGGGCCUACCAACGUCUUAGUAAAAUGAUCUUUUACUACUUCUACAAGAACGUAGCCAUGUAUUUGACACAGUUUUGGUAUGCAUUUUAUAACGGGUUCUCCGGUUCAACAUUAUAUGAAUCCUGGACCAUGUCUUGCUUCAAUGUGAUCUUUACUUUUUUGCCUCCUUUGGUCAUUGGUAUUUUCGAUCAAUUUGUGUCUGCUAGAAUGUUGGACAAGUAUCCUCAAAUGUAUAUGCUUGGCCAAUCCAAUGAAUUCUUUAACCAAAAGAAAUUCUGGGGUUGGUUUGCUAAUGCCGUAUUUCAUUCUUUGAUCUUAUUCUUCUUGGGUGUUGGAUGUUUAAGCACAGACGGUGUUUUUAGAAAUGGUCAAGUAGGUGGUCAAUGGUGGGCUGGUACAGCUGUGUUUACUGCUGUACUUGGCUGUAUCUUAUGGAAAGGUGCUUUGAUUACAGACGUUUGGACAAAGUACACUGUCAUUGCCAUUCCAGGCUCCAUGAUCAUUUGGUUUAUCUAUUUACCUGUAGUUGCAUUUUUGGGUCCAGCCGUCUCUGUUGAUCUGUUUCCUGAAUAUUAUGGCAUUGUUCCUAUGCUUUGGGGAAAUGUCAACUUUUGGCUGUUUGUUUUGCUUGUUCCAUUUGUCUGUAACUUGCGUGAUUUAAUCUGGAAAUAUACAAAGAGAAUGUAUCGUCCUCUUCCAUACCAUUUUGUUCAAGAAAUUCAGAAAUACAAUCUACCAGAUUAUAGACCACGUAUGGAUCGUUUCAGACAAGCUGUGAACAAAGUGCGUCGGAUACAACGUCUUAAGAGAAACCGUGGUUAUGCUUUCUCUCAAAAUGAUAAUGAUCAAACCAAGAUUAUUCGUGUUUAUGAUACCACUCAGCAAAAACCUCUUGGUUAA